UAAAAAGCUGCUCCUUUGUUUUCUGGCAGACGCACCCUGUUUCUGUUCAAGGCGGGGACCUUUCAGUAUGCCUUCUUCCGGAUGGUCUUCACCAUCCUGUCCAUAGUGCUCUGGACCAACGAUAACUACAACCCUGCUAAUUUUUCUGUCAAUCGUGCUACUAUAUGGAUCAAUUGUUUCGUUGGUAUUCUUACCAUCAUUUCCCUCUGGCCAAUUGGCAUGAUGUUUAACCACACCCGUGGACUAUUGAGCAGUAAGAAGAUCAUCCCCAAGUUUGCUCUGUAUCAGCUCGCGCUGAUAAUGAGUCAGCUCCAGUCUGCUAUCAUCAACAUCCUGGCUAUGAAUGGGAAAAUAGCCUGCGCCCCUCCCUUCUCAUCUCAAGCCAGGGGCUCAUUCAUGAACCAGCAGCUCCUGAUCAUGGAGAUGUUCAUCGUGACGCUGGUGUCCAGGAUCUUCUACAGGAGGAGGUACGAGGAGCUCGAUGCGGCCGAUGAGCACGAGGAGGACAAUAAGGACAACGCCAGGAUCCAGCUGAACGAAGACGGAGCGCAGUGGGCUUGAACCUGACCAGCACCUCCUGGACUCUCAAACGGAACUGCAGCCUGACGGCCACCAUCGGACAGCCUGUGUGCUGCGUUAUCAAAUCAAAUACCUUCCCAUGUUUACCCCCUCAACCCACACCCCCCAAGCCUCACUCGUUAGGUGCUUUAUUAAUCUGACGUCAGUAUUCAUCGACACUUAAGCUUGCACUCUUCAAAGCAGGCAAGUGUUUGGGGUGUGGGACAAGUCUGCAUCAUGCAGUUUCGUUAUGUUAAACUCAACCUAAAGAGUCUGGUUCACUGGGACUGGUCUAAAGCCAUGUUUUUAUGCCAGCACACAAACACUACAGUCUGGUGUGCACUAAGUCAUUGUUUGCAGGUUGUUGUUGUUUUUUGUUUUUUUUUAGUAACAUGUUAGAACACUGCAUUGCUGCUGCCUGUUGUUAUUAUUUACCACUCUAAACAUUUAUAGAGGUGUAACUGAUUGUGUAUAACAGGUGUUACCAGCAGAUUUCAAAUAUCUUGGCUUCCUUUCACUGACUUGUAGUGAAAAUCGUGAAUGACUUUGCGAUUCUCUUUCCACUUGAGGUUAAGCCCCUGCUUACAUGGAGUGAUAGGGCUGAGACGCUCGGCAGCUAAUGUGCCUCUGCUAUUGCUGUAAUAUGCUGUACACCUGCACCCCCUGCUGGACCCUUACAGGAAUUACAGGAAUCCUUUUAAAGACUCGAUUCUUUGUAUACUGCCUCAGUGUUAUUUUUUGACGCUUCUUGUCGAGAGAUUUCAUUGAAAAUUAGACUCAGUGAGUAAUAUCCUAUUUUCUAAAAUAUAUAGUAUUUUCAUGUGUAUGUAUAUAUAAAACUGACCAAAGACAACCCUCGUUUUGAAAGAUAAUGUCUAUGACAAUUAGCAUUUUUUGGGGUAAAAAACAGAAUUAAACUGUUAAUGUUACAAACCUGCUAAUAUUUGCUUUGGUGUGAAAUCUCAAAUUUUCUUUAUAUAUGGUCCUCGAAAUGUUCUCCGAGAGAGAGAGAGCCUGCAGAUACUAAUUCAGUCUCCUUACUCUCCUAUAACACCGUUUCCACUGUAUUGUAUUGUGUUCCUAAUCACUCUCCUAUAACACCGUUUCCACUGUAUUGUAUUGUGUUUAUUGAUGGUUGCAAAAAGUCAACUCACUCCUGAGGUUUAAAGUACAACGCUGGCUGUAUUUGUAUCUGCUAUUAAAAUGAACCCCGUAUGAGAUGCGCCUCAGCAGGCGUAAUGCCCACAUGUAUCCACUAGAUGGCGCCAGAUGUUGUACAGAACAUGCAACAGCAUCCUUGCUGUUCUUCCGCACCUUUCACGGCAGGGUUAUUAGAGGUUAUUACCACCUGACUAGACUAAACCAAAGACGAAACACAAUCACAUUCAUUUCCUGAACACAAGCAAUGUGUUGAUAGGCGCAUACCUACCACGUUUUUAUCAUUAACUCUUUCAGCACUGCAUACACUAUAUUGCAGUAAAAAUAACUACACUUAACACCACGAAAUUGAUCUUGUUUGCCCCCCCCCCCAUAUAUUCCACUUUCAGUAUAAGAUACUAAUACAUUAGGCGCCUUUAAGGGUUAUCUGUCUGUGUAAAGUUACAUGGUGCUGAAAGAGUUUACCCAGCCCCAUACUUUACAACAUUCCCACAGUCAGAUUAACUGUCUCCUUCCCACACACCGCAGUGAUUACCUUUCUGGUGAUCUGAUAACGGGCUGUUAUCUACUUCUCUCUCUCAAAUGGUUGCCUCACGAUUCUUUUUGUACUUGUUUCACUUGCACUGUGUGAAAGUGAAAGUCUGUCUUUUCGUUCUUUCACGCUAGCGCAACGUUUCUCAAAUGGCUUUCAUUCAACACAGUUCACGCUGCUUGCCUUUUGUUUCCCAAAACUACUUCUCUGUCUCUUAGCUGCUAUUGGCCACCAUU